AUGUUCUACUCUCGCCAGCUUCUCGCUCGCAAAGCUCCUCUUGGCCAAAUCUGGAGAGCCGCGACGACGCACAUGAAGAUUAAUCGGAGGAAGCUCAACAAGCUUGACAUUAUCAAGAUCUGUGAGGAGAUACUGAAUCCGUCGGUUCCUAUGGCUCUGAGGCUAUCUGGAAUUCUCAUGGGUGGAGUAGUGAUCGUCUACGAACAAAAAGUUAAGCUGCUACACGAUGAUGUGAAUCGCUUUCUGAUUGAAAUCAACAAUGCAUGGAAAGUGAAAGCUUCUCCAGACUCUACUCUGCUCCCCAGAGGAAAAUCCCAGGCUAAGAAAGAAGCUGUGACUUUACCUGAUAACCAAGAUGUUGAUUUUGGAGACACUGAGCAGUCCCUUAAUUAUUCCAACACCGCUGCCAUGGGGUUCCAAGAAACGAACUACUUUGCUAUGCGACUUGACAGUAUAGAUGAAGCCUUUAUUAAUGGCGACGCAAGGGACGGAGAUCGAUCAGAACACUUCCACCAAGCUAAACCCGAAGAUAUAACGUUAUGUGAACCCUUUGAUCCGUAUCAGGCUAAUGCUACUAUGUAUAAUCAUUAUGAAAGAUUUGAUGUUGAAGGUGAUGAUGCUAUGCAGUUCAACUUCACAUCAGGAGAGCCUACACAUAUCCCCAGCACUUAUAUACCCUCUCCACCUCCUCAACCAGAGCCUCAAAGAGGCGGUGAUGAUCAGGCCUCAACCAACUUUCUUGUCAGUAAGCUAGCUAAUCUCUACACCCUCCAUGCAGCCGACGAGAUCCACGAUGAAAAUCUAGAACCCUGGGGUGAUCAGAAGGAUGAACGCGAGGAAGUUAGGCAACUGCAGCGUUCCAGUAUAACAUCCACUGUGAAGAUAGCUAAUCUCAUGGAACUCCCACCAACUGUACUUAUGGAUAAUUUAUUUCAUAAAUAUAGAGUAGUCUAUUAUCCUCCUCCUCUAAUGGAAUUGUUGAGAAAAAGCACCCUACCCCUUCGCGACUCACUUCCUGGGAGGACCUCCCCACCCCCACCUCCAGAAGCAUCGGAGUUUCCUCUGCUUGAACAACAAAACUAUCUGAAUCCAAUGGAUACUCAUUUCGAGGAUUUUCUUCGUGGAUUUGGCUCCCAGUCACUGAAUAUGCCUGAAGGGCUGCGGUAUGCUGCCAACGAUAUAUCUACCGAACUAUUGGCCUCUAUGAAAGGUGGAGUUGGGGAAACUUCAACGCACUUCAUGGCCACACCAAGAAAUUCUGGAGGUGAUAUAAGCUCCAUCCCAAGCACAGGUUCUGGACAUGGAAUUUCUUCGAAUAAUUCAAAAGUGAAUGCCGGAAGGUUAAGGCCUUAUUCUCCAUCUAGACAGCGCAGCGGCAACCUUAGACCUGUAGCGGAAGAGAACUCAUUGCACUACAUAUAUCCAAAUUAUCCUACCACAAACAUAGAUCCAAACUUCAUCUUAGCAAGCGUAGAUGAGAAUAAUGGCCUGACACCAGAUCAAGAACUACUUGUGGAGACUGGUCCUACGCAAACCCAACUGCCAGUCAUCACUCAACCAGUUGACCAUAUAACCGACUCUAUAAAAAUGCAAUUGAAGGCACACUUUGAUACUCCUGGAGCCCCUCAAGUGGAGUCCCUGAACAAUCUAGCCCUUGGAAUGACCCGCAAAGGAGCCGCUCAGCUCUUCUUUCAAACUUGCGUUUUGGCUACUCGUGACGCUCUAAGGGUUGAACAAAAGGUGCCAUACGGGCAGAUUCUCAUUUCUAGAGGAGAAAAAAUGUGA